AUGGCCAAUGGGGCCGCCGGGCAGGGCUCCAAGGAGGCGCUAAAUCAUCAUGCCACUGUUAAAUUGGGCGAAUCUCACCUCGAUCUCUACGGCUACAAGACUAAUUUAAUGAAAACUCUCUUCUACUACUUGAUCUCAAUUUUUACGCUUGGUAUUGGUCGUUUAUUGUUGCAUUGGAAGGAGCAGUGGUAUGUAAAUGUAAGGGCGGAAAAAUGUUCAUUGGAGGAAGCGGAUAUGCUGUUGAUUAUUGAUGAAAAUCAAACAAUCUCCCAUCGAAUCGUCCGAAGUUUCCAUCAAAAUCGAGAUUCCGAGCCAUUGGUACUCCCUAAUGGUAUUGGCGGCUAUGAUGAGGUUUCUCAUAUUCGCUACUUUACUUUCCGCAAAAUGCUGUAUGCUUGGUUUGAAAAGGAGGGAAAAUUCAUACCGCCCUCGAGCUUUGACAGCCUUGGCCCGGUGAAAGCGCUAGUCGAUAGGAUAAACGAUACCAGAGGCCUGAGCGAUAAGGAGGUCUCCCAACGCCAAGUAACCUAUGGCAAAAACCUUAUCGAAGUCAAGCCCAAGCCAAUCGUGGUCCUCCUUUUCAAAGAGGCCAUUUCACCGUUCUACAUUUUUCAGUUGUUCAGUGUUUCUCUCUGGUAUUGGGACGAGUAUAUCUACUACGCAACCGUCAUUGUCGUAAUUUCUCUUGGUUCGAUUACGUUGGAUGUGUAUCAAACAAGAAGCCAAGAAACGAAGCUGCGCAAAAUGGUGCAUUCUUCGGAUGAGAUAACCGCGAUAAGGAGUGACGGUCAGCAUGGUGUCGUCGAUAGUUCCGAGCUAGUUCCCGGCGACGUUAUCGUCGUUGGCCAGGGCAAGAGCGUGAUGCAGUGUGACGCUAUACUUCUGACCGGAACAGUGAUUGUUAACGAGAGUAUGCUGACCGGAGAAAGUGUGCCGGUGACAAAGGUAAAUGCUUCCGGGCUCGACGACGCCAACGAGGAAGGUUUGGUCCGACUUGACUUCGAAAGGCACGCCAAGCAUGUGCUGUUUAGCGUCCGGGCCCUGGUCAUCCGGACGGCCUUUUCGACAACGAAGGGCCAGCUGGUUCGCUCUAUCAUGUACCCGAAGCCGAUUGACUUUGAGUUUAAUCGAGAUUUACUAAAGUUCGUCGGUUUCCUCUGCAUUAUGGCCUCUUUCGGGUUCGCCUACACGCUGGCAAUCAUGACUUCACAUCAUGCCGACUGGAAGAAGCUUGUCAUUCGCUCUCUGGACCUGAUCACAUGUGUGGUGCCACCGGCACUUCCUGCCGCUAUGUCGGUCGGAAUCAUCAACGCUCAUCGCAGAUUGAAAAAGAAGAACAUCUACUGCAUCUCGCCGUCCACCAUCAACACGUGCGGAGCUGUCAAUGUGGUCUGCUUCGACAAAACUGGCACAUUGACGGAGGACGGCUUGGCGUUCCACGCUGCCCGGCCGAUACUUCCGAAAAAGCCGAAUCAAAAGAAACCGUCUUUCGGCCUCGAUACCUGCGAGAUGGAGCCUGUCGACUUCCCGAAAGGCGCCGAGCUCAUCAAGGCGUCGGCAGUAUGCCAGUCAUUGACUUGGAUCGACGGAGAGCUCCAUGGCGAUCCCCUCGACUUGAUCCUGUUCAACGAGACCAAGUGGAGAUUUGAGGAGAGCAAGGGGGACGAUGCCGAAGACAAACGUCAUGCCAGUGUCGUUCGACCUCCAGAUGGCGAUACUGCGACUUAUGACGAGCAAGCGUAUCCGGUCAUUCGGCAGUUUACAUUCAGCUCUGCGCUGCAACGAAUGUCUGUCAUCGUCAGCACCGACACCGAUGAGGAGCAGGGGAAGUGCGAGAUUUUCGUCAAGGGCUCUCCCGAAAUCAUCGAGUCGUUGUGCGACCCAAAUACCGUACCUGAGGAAUAUCAGAAGGUUGUUAACUCGUACGCUCAACGCGGUUAUAGAUUGAUUGCGGCAGCAAAACGUGUCUUAAACCUUAAUCGGGCCGACGCGCUGAAAAUCCCGCGCCAGGAGGUGGAAUCGCAGCUGCAGCUCCUCGGAUUGAUCGUGAUGGAAAACCGGGUGAAGCCGGUGACACGGGUGGUGAUUCAGCAUUUGAAUAGUGCCCUAAUUCGUACCGUCAUGGUGACUGGAGAUAACUUGCUGACGGCGAUGAGCGUCGCCGCGGAGUGUGCGAUAUUGAGGGUUGAUCGGAAAGCCUACCUUAUCGAGCACCUCCCGGAUGAGAAAGACGAGCACGGUCGAUCUGUUCUUGUCGUGAAGGAGAAAAACCACCCUGAGCACGAAAAUUUCAUUCCUUCAAAAUACCUCGGGAUGGACGAGAUUGAACAGAUGCUGACGCCGGAUUACCAAUUUAGCAUUGCAGGCUCUACCCUCUCCGUCAUCAUCAAGGAGUACCCGGAGCUGUUGGACAAUUUAAUGACGGUGUGUGACGUUUUCGCGCGUAUGGCACCGGAACAGAAACUGAUGCUAGUCACCCAUCUCCAAUCACUGGAUCACACCGUGGCUAUGUGUGGUGAUGGCGCUAAUGAUUGCGCAGCUUUGAAGGCAGCCCACGCCGGGAUAUCCCUCUCCGACGCCGAAGCUUCGAUUGCUGCGCCGUUCACGUCGAAUAUCAACGACAUCCGUUGUGUACCCAUGGUAAUUCGUGAGGGUCGUGCAGCGCUGGUCACUUCUUUUGGUGUCUUCAAAUACAUGGCGAAUUACUCGUUAAACCAGUUCGUGACCGUGAUGCUGGUCUACUACCACCUUGGGGCGGUUCCAGACCUGCAAUUUCUAUACAUUGACCUGUUCCUCGUCACGUUUAUCGCCUUAUUCUUUGGAAAUACUGGGCCUUCCGAUUACCUCUCCAAAGACCCACCACCUAUCAAGCUGCUAUCGCUAGCGUCAAUGACCAGCGUGGCCGGGAUUAUGGCAAUAUUUGGGGUGGUGCAGGUGUACAUCUACGCUUGGACCUCCGAACAGCCAUGGUUUUUUAUGAGUAUUUUACAAGAGGGCUAUCAGAAAGAUCAUCUACUUGCGCAUCAGAACACAACCAUCUUCUGCGUGUCCCUCUUCCAAUACAUUAUUCUGGCAUUUUUGUAUAGUAAAGGUGCUCCUUAUCGAAUGUCCAUCAUGAGCAAUUAUUUAUUGUGUCUAGCGAUAGCCGUAACUGGGGCGGUAUCGCUUGUGGUAAUCCUCUGCCCUCCCAAGAUAUUCAUUGAUGGUCUGGAGUUCGAUCCAAUCCCGCAUUUUAUCGAUCGGUUAUUUAUUUUAUUCACUUCGCUCGCCUGCUGCGGGGUUGCCUACAUUUUCAACAAGUUUUUCGUCGAGUACUUCUUACAAGUUCGGGUGGAUAAAUACCGUAAACUCAAAAAGCUCAAAAAUCCGGGUGACGAUUUGCCGAAAUGGGAGCGGAAUAUGUUAAACAUUGCUACUUCGCUUGGCUGGAUCUCGGGAACGGCGCAAAUCUCCGAGAAAAUUGAGGAAAAUCUGAAGAUUACCAAGCGGAGAGCGACGUUCUUGCUGGAGAAGGAGAAUGAGGAGGCUGUA